GAAUGAAACCUUCCAUAUUCGAUCUCACACCGCAGUUUGAGGUCACAUUACUUCCUGACACCACCGCGAGCUUCCAGAUUACUAAACAUCAACUCAGAAAACUGGAGAAACGCCGUUGCAGCAACGCCAUCGCUGUUUUCAUAGUAACAGACAGACGUGCCAGCCAUGGCUGUUCGUGUCCCAGCUACUUUGCACAGAAAGCGUUGGCGACACCACCAUGAUGCCGCCCCCCUCCCCAUCCCCAUUGCUUCAUUGACAGGAGUUGCAGCAUCAGAUGGGAGAUUCCUGGGAGACUGUGUCGUGGUCACUGAUCUCAAAGAGAUGACCAUGCUUUACACCAAUGGUUUCUUUGGGAAGGGUACAAUGUCCAAGUGUGGCCCUGUCACAGAUACAUUCAACCAAGAGAAGAGGCAACCAUCGCAUCUUCAGCUGCCAUUAUCCUCAACUUUGUUCCAGUCUAGGAAAAGGGCAAGAGUUGAGGAGACAUCUACAGCUGACGAUGGCAUGGAGGGAGGAACCUUGCAGCCUGGACAACUGGAACAGGUCGAUGCACUAUGGAAUGAUCCAAAUGGCACAGAUCAUUAUAGAACAGAACAUUCCCAGACUCCUGUCACACAGGACUGGGAGGGAGGGGACAGCAGUUGUUGGACAAUGCACGGACAGUCUGGACAGUCUGGUCAGUCAUCCUCACCGGUCAGGGAAGAACCAGAGGCUACAAGUGUGCUGUCAUUUUCUACUCCCAAACAAUCAACAUCACAGAGAGAGCAUUCCCAUAACUAUUUUGCUGGGAGGAAACCUGUCUUCAUCAGUGGCUGUGAACAGAAGUGUGAGACAGAGACAGGUCACUCAGACGCUGGGCUGAGGAACAGUCUGCCUGGUCAGGAAAACAAGGGUGUGAUACCUAAAGAUUGUGCCAGUCAAAAAUACCAUAUCAGUGGCACAUUAGACCAAAACAGAGUGGGAGAGUCCUUGCAGUUGAGUCUGGAGGAGGCAUUUUUCCUGAGCUAUGGUCUCGGGUGUUUGAGUGUUGUUGACGAGUCUGGCUGCCUAAUGACACUGACGGACAUGUGGCAGUCCUUCACCCAGACCCAGCACAACUUCCUCCCCAACUACAUCGUGUACCACUACCUGCGCAGUAAAGGCUGGGUUCCUCGGGCUGGUGUCAAGUAUGGAGCACCCUGGGUUUUGUACUGGAAAGGGCCCAGUUUCUACCAUUCCAGCUACUCUGUAGUGGUGCAGACAGUGAGUGGAGACAGCCUGAAGCCUUCCCCUGGUCUGUCCUGCUGCCGGUCCUGGCUGCUGCUGGCAGGGAUGGACAGAAUCACACAGCAUGUCGGCAAGGAGGUUGUGCUGUGUUUUGUGGUGAGACCAGCAGACAUGACUGAGGAGGAGCAAACCUCUCCCAGCUGCAUCUCCAGGUUCAGAGUUCAGGAGGUGGUGAUGAAGCGAUGGGUGUCAUCUCAGGAGCGGGAAGAGCACCAAGAUGACCACUGAUUGGACCAGGGUUGCAGCUAGCACCCGUCCUUCCAUCUGUUGAAUUUUUCGGCUGGGGAUGGAAAAUUUCUUACCCAUUCCAUCCUCGGGGACAGGCAAAAGUUGAUAUUAAAGCUCACUCACUCACUAUCCGUCAUUUGAUUAUCCUGCUGCUGGAAUAAGAUAUAAAAAAAUGAAAGUUUUCACCAGAACAGAAACUGCCGUUGAACUGCUUAGUCUACCAGCAAAAUUUACAUAGGAAUACAGCAUUUCAAACAUACAUCUUAAAAAGCAAGAAAUAGCGUUUAAAGGGUCUAAAUUUUUUGAGGGAGCAUGUCCCCAGAUCCCCCUAGGAACGUUGCGCCUUUGAUAGAAUUUGCAUUCAAAAUCGCGGAGACGGAAAAUGAUUUCAGGCUGGCUACAACCCUGGCCUGGAUUGUCCUUACUAUGCAGUUGUUUGCUGUCUAAUAGAUACUAGUAUCACUCAGUCUUAUGGAUAGCUGAAUCAAGUAUCAGAAUUGUCCGUGCCAAAAACACAUCAACAUCAAAUCGUGAGGGCAAAAGUCAAGUGUAUUUUGCAGCUUUAUUUAUGGACAAUAAUGAAGCUAUGAGGUAUCUAUUAUUGUUUAUUUAUAAUAUUGACUCCUGGAUAGCCCGAUUUAGUUUUGACAAACUGAUUUUCAUCGGGCCCAGGUACACA